ACGAAAACAAGUAAAUAAGUACUUUUGCAAGUGAAAUAACUAAACUGUUACGAAUGUGCUUUUCAUACCUAUUAACCUAUAAAACGGUUUGCCGUAUGUGAACAUUUUUUACAUUUUGCAGAGAAUAUAGAAUUGCAUAUACUGGUAUUAAAGCAGCUAGAGUUACAUAUGGCUCACUUCAUUCCACCCACUAUUCAAGAUAAUCCUGAGGGAUGGGGUCCAAGGAGCGUCCCUGAGAAGUUUAAAGACAUGCCGUUUCAACCUUUUAGUAAAGGGGAUCGGCUCGGAAAGGUUUCAGAUUGGAGUGGUAACACUUAUCAGGACCGAAGGUACAUGAACAAGUACAACUCUCAAUUUGGUUAUGGAAAUCAAUACUCAUAUUUCCAUGAAGAAGAUGAAAGUACUUUUCGAUUGGUGGAUAAUACCAAAAUUCAGAAGCCGGCGUAUCAACGGAACCGUUUCCGGUUCAACCAACUUCGUCAGCGCCAGAUGCAACAACGACAGCAGAGAGAAGCUGGUGGUAAUGCUAACAAUCAGAAACCGUUCACCAAGCUUGAGAAACGUAAGGAGAGAGAACGCCAAAGGAUGCAGAGAAACAUGCAGAAGCAAUACGGACAAAGCAGGUUUAGAUGGAAGGAAAGACAAAUGCAGAAUCAACAGAAGAGAAGAGAUGCUUCAGUUAAUGUUGGAGAGACUUGGGAGGUGCUUGAAGAGAUGGAUUUCAAUCGUUUAUCGAAGUUGAAACUUCCAGACAUCGAAGAUCCGGUUGAUCUGUAUAAGUGUGGAGAGUUGUUGAGCUAUGAUCGUGCUUAUGACAGGGUGUCGGUGAAAGCUGAGAAACCGCUCAAACGUUUCAACAAAGAAUUUCAUAAGGUUACAACCACUGAUGACCCAAUCAUUAGAAAGUUGGCUAAGAGCAAUGGCAAUGUAUAUGCAACAGAUGCCAUUCUUGCUACUCUUAUGUGCUGCACUAGAUCCCAGUAUUCAUGGGACAUCAUUGCUCAGAGGGUUGGAAAGAAUAAGCUCUUCUUUGAUAAACGGGAUGAUUCCAAUUUUGAUCUUCUCACUGUUAGUGAAACAGCAAACGAGCCGCCUCAGGAUGAAGGAAUGAACUCUCCACAUAAUCUUGCCAUGGAAGCAACUUACAUCAAUCAUAAUUUCUCCCAGCAAGUUUUGAAGCAAGGAGAUAAGCAUCAGUUUGAAAAGAAUAAUCCAUUUGUCCAAGGUGACACUGAAAACAUUGCCUCAGUUGGAUAUCGCUAUCGUAAAUGGAACUUAGGAAACAACAUUGAGCUUGUAUCUCGUACUGAACAUGAUGCUGUGCUUACUGCCUCCAGUGGUGAACUCAGCUACAUUAAUGUUAAGGCACUGAAUGAAUGGGAUUAUAGAUGUUGUAAUGGUGUUGAAUGGAGACGUAAGUUGGAUUCUCAGCGUGGAUCAGUGUUGGCUACCGAGCUUAAGAACAAUAGCUCGAAGUUGGCAAAGUGGACAAUGUGUGCUUUGCUUGCUGGAUCUGAAUACUUGAAGAUGGGAUAUGUCUCUCGUUACAACAUUCAAGACUCAUCUAAGCAUGUUGUGAUCGGAACCCAGCAGUUUAUUCCCAAGGAAUUUGCUUCCCAGAUUAACUUAUCGGUGGCAAACGCAUGGGGUAUCUUACGUUGCAUCAUUGACUUGUGUAUGAAGCAGAAAGAAGGAAAAUAUCUUAUUUUAAAGGAUCCCAACAAGCCUGUCAUCCGUCUCUAUUCUCUUCCUGAAGGAACCUUUAGUUCUGAUGAAGAAGAGGAAGAUGAUGAUAGUGGGGAGGAGGAGUCCAGUGAUGAAGAGGAGAAAUAAUUUAACUGUUUACUGGUGUUUUGGGAUAAAGGGAUCAUCAAAGUACUUUGACAAGCGCUACUUACAAAUUUUGCCAAAGGAAAAAAGGCCAAGUUAUGUCUGCAGUUUUUGUUUGUUGUUGUGUAUAAAUAGGAAAGGACACAUACAUGCUAUUUAGUCUUCUGAUGUUAAAUUGUGUGCAAAGCUGCGAAAUGGUGUAUUGAUCGCAAAAGUUCUAAGUAAAUAAAUGCUAACAUUAAGAGA